UUCGUUUCCUCCAAAGAAAUCUUGAGUCGGGAGUCUUUUUCGUUGUUGUUGGUCGGUACCGAUUUGUUGUGGGUUUCGUCCGUUUCCGUUCGCACCGACCACCAACCGGCCUGCCGCCAUGCCCGGGAUAGAGAAGCUGCCGAUAGAGGAGACGCUGGAAGACAGUCCUCAGACGCGCUCUCUGCUGGGCGUGUUCGAGGAGGACACCGCGGCGAUGUCCAACUACUGCACACAGCUGUACCGCGCCAUGCAGAGGAUUUACGACGCGCAGAAUGAACUCAGCGCUGCGACUCACCUGACCUCCAGACUGCUGAAGGAGUACGACAAACAGCGUUUUCCUCUCGGGCGCGAUGACGAGGUGAUGAGCUCCACCCUGCAGCAGUUUGCAAAAGUCAUCGAUGAGUUGAGUUCCUGCCACGCAGUCUUGUCCACCCAGCUUGCAGAUGCCAUGAUGUUUCCCAUUACGCAGUUUAAAGAGAGAGACCUGAAGGAGAUCCUCACCCUGAAAGAAGUCUUCCAAAUAUCCAGUGACGAUCACGACGUGGCCGUAAACAGGUUCAGCCGCCUGUCCAAGAAGAGAGACAACGACAAGUUGCGGGCGGAGGCCGUGGAGGACGUCUACACCUCCCGCAAGAAGCAGCACCAGACCAUGAUGCACUACUUCUGCUCGCUGAACACGCUGCAGUACAAGAAGAAGACGGCGCUGCUGGAGCCGCUGCUGGGCUACAUGCAGGCCCAGAUCAGUUUUUUUAAACUGGGUUCGGAAAAUCUCACCCAGCAGUGGGAGGACUUCCUGGGAACCAUAGGAACCAGUGUGCAGAACGUGCGUCGGGAGAUGGAGCAGGAGGUCGGGCAGAUGCAGGAGACCAUCCAGGAGAUGGAGACGUCAUGUGACCAACUGUACGCGCCGUGUGACCCUGACCCCGCCCACACGCUGGUCUGUCGCAACCUGACCAGGAAGCAGGGCUACAUGUACAUCCGCAAUAAGACGGGGCUGGUGUCGUCGUCCUGGGAGCGCCAGUACUUCUUCACGCAGGGCGGGAACUUGAUGCAGCAGGGCCGCGGCGAGGUGGCGGGCGGCCUGCUCACCGACCUCGACAACAGCUCCGUCAUGGCGGUCGACUGCGACGACCGGCGCUUCUGCCUCCAGGUCACGUCCUUCGACGGCAAGAAAGUCGUGACGCUGCAGUCGGAGAGCCGACAGGACUGCGAGGAGUGGAUCGCCACCAUCAACAACAUCUCCAAACGGAUCUACCUGAGCGAGAACGCCGAGGAGCUGGCGGCCAGAGUAAACCAAUCGGCUCUCGAGGCCGUGACGCCGUCGCCGUCCUUCCAGCAGAGGCACGAGAGCAUGAGGCCCAGCAGUAAAGGGCGUGCGGGCCGAGCGAGCAGCAUCAGCUCCGUGGGCUCCGAGCCGUCGCCCGCCCUCUCUGCGCUCUCAUUGGAUGCCCUGGUCGCCCCGGAAACGCCCAUCCAGUUCGACAUCAUAUCCCCUGUCAGUGAGGAGAACUCAGGGCAGAGCAAGACGGCAGCACAGUCCGGCAGAAGGAGUAAUCCAUUUGGAGAGUCAGGAGACGGCGCCUCAGAAGACAGUGAAGACUCGAUCCUCCACCAGCUGUUCAUCGUCCGCUUCCUGGGCUCCAUGGAGGUGAAGACGGCCGAGUCGCCGGACGUCAUCCCCGAGACCAUGAGGCAGAUCCUGGCGGCCCGAGCCAUCCACAACAUCUUCCGGAUGACCGAGUCGCACCUGCUGGUCACCUGCGACUGCCUCAAGCUCAUCGACCCGCAGACGCAAGUCACUCGACUCCGGUUCCCCAUCACCAGUGUGCUGCAGUGUUCGUCCCACCAGGACAACAAGAGGCUGUUUGGUUUCGUCCUGCAGGCGGCGGGGGGGGGGCGGGGCGACAGCCGCACCGUCUGCUACAUCUUCGAGUCCAACAACGACGGAGAGAAGAUCUGCGACAGCGUCGGCCUCGCCAAGCAGAUCGCCUUCCACUCCGAGAUGGACCGUAAGGCCGUGGAGAAGAGGAAGGAGCACGACAAGGCGAAGGAGAAACAGCAGGAGGAGCGCAGCAAGCAGAAGCAGAUAGAGAAGGACCUGGAGGAGCAGAGCCGCCUGAUCGCCGCCUCGAGUCGCCCCGCCAACCAACCUGCCGCCGAUGGACAGUUCCUGGUGCUUAGCAACAGCCAAUCGGAGGACAGCGAUGCCGGGGCGGAGGAGGGGAAGAAGGAGUCUGAAGCAUGACGGACGUGAGCGGAGGAGGCGUGAAAAAACAUGCACUCCCUCUCUGGCUGGACUCUGUUAGCAGAACUAAAUGGAAGGAGGAGGAGGAGAUAACGUCUUUGUUUUCUUUUUUUGCGUUUAAAAAAAAAAAGCUGCUUUUUAUCCCGUCUCUCCAGAAAAAGACGCAAAUAUCGAAUUUAACCUGCAAGUUUAUUUGUUUGUUUUUGUUUAUUUCAAAGAGAGAUAAGGGCAACGACACAGGAUUAUGACCGGGGGUCUGACGGAGACCCCAGAGCGCCGAACAAAGAGGGGGAGUUUUAUUUUGAAAAAUCCUUCCACUUGUUUUUGGCAUUUUAUUUUGUACUUUUUUAGCGUUGUUUUUGUUCUUUUUUUAAUCCUCUUUUCUUUUCACUGGUUUUCGCUCAUUUCUUCAUCGAUGGAUCAAAUUGAGCAGAAUAUUGAUCUGCAGCUGAUUCUAAUCAUCGAUCGUGGUUCCGUCUACUCAAGUACGGACCGAUCGAUUAGUCGAUAAAUAACUGAUUGAUCGUUGUAAAUUCCGCCUCGUUCAUUUAUUAGUUUAAGAAGCUGAAUCACACGUCAUCCGGUGCUUUACAGGUUAAACAAUUGAGCUAAAUUUGGUUUAAAAUAAAUGAUCCGUGUCAAACUUUAUGUAUAAAUACGGAAAUUAGUUGAAAGAAAUUAACGAACGAGGACAUGAGGCCGAAUUGAAAAUGACAAAUUGAGCUUUUGAAUUAGUAAAAAUAAAUAAAAGAUCAAAUAAAACGUUUAAACUGUAGGAACGCACUAACUGACUAAUCUGUUACGAAAAACACUAAAAUUAUGUUCUUUUAAAUAUAUAUUUACCGCCAAAGUUUCCAGCAUCAUUUUAUCAGAGUAGGUCAAACCCUGGGGUCAAAGGUCAGCUCUGCUUCAUCCACAUCCUGUGUGUGUGUGGGAGAGAAACUACAAAAUAAGAGCGUAAUAUUUUAAUUCCACGUGUUUGCAAUAGUUGCAUAAAAGUAUUGCUCAUAAAUAAUAAUAAUAAUCACGUAUAAUAUCUUUAAGACAUUAAACAAAAAGCACGAAUCCGAUGAACCGAUCUCACGUUUCGGCCUCGUCUCCGAUUUGAAAACUAAAAGAAAGGGAAAAACGAUGAAAAAAAAUAAAACAUUUCUAACGAUCAAAAUUCUGCCAAAUAAUCUGCUGAGUCUGCAUUUUUUGUUUAUCCAUGUCAUUCGUUUUGGCUCCGCCUUCUUUUUUUCUUAUUAUGUCGGGGUGUCAGAGGUCACGGAGACGAUGUUCCUUAAAAAUCGGCGGUUACUGACGACGAACUGUAAAUGUUCAGUGAUGAUUGUUUGUGUCAUAAACGAUGGUGAUGAUAAUAAUAAAAAAGGCUUUUCAGUGGUAAAUAAAAGCACUAACUCCA